UGCGGUCUUGUUCUUCCUUUUGCUUUCUGUGAUAUAGAAAAGAGGUGGCAUUAACUCACAGGAUUGGGGCAAAGUGAUUUUUAUACCCAGUGGAAGGAAGUUCUUCAGGAAGCUUCCUAAGUUUUUGUUCCACAAGUGCUACUUGGAUGUGAAGGAAACAUUCUGUUGAUUUUUAAAGAGCAAGAAUUUUAAAUUACCUUGUUUGCUAUUCUGUGUGGUCUUAUUGUUGGUUGGUUGAGUGGUUUUUUUGGUGGUAUACAACUAAAAACACAGGUUGGCCUAGGAGUUGCAAUCUUUCAGACUCUGUGCUAUCGCUUUUCUUUGUACAGAGCUCAGUUUUGCAGGCUGCUAAGCUGGUUGAGAACUGUAAACCAUAUUACAUUAUAAAUGGCUUUUUGGUAACCAGAGAACUUUAAAAAGUUUUUUUAUUUCUUAUUUAUUUUAAUGCAUCUAAAAUGAAGAAGGCUCCUAGAUUUUUCACUAGACCAGAAAGAUCAUGUUGUAAAUGAUUGUGGAGAAUAAGAAGAAACACGGUUUCACUUCGGAUAUCGUUCUGGUAUUAAUUUGGAUGGAGAAUUUGUUCAUGUCUUCCCCUAUUUCCAUCCUAAGAUGAGGAUGUGGGAAGAAAAGAAAGAAAUAAAAGGGGAAAAGCAAACCUGAAUUGUGUUACUGCUAAGGUGUAUAAGGAUAAAGAGCAGCAAACAUUCUGUUAUGACAUGGGUAUACUAUUUCUUGAAGUUAGAGGAAAAAAUACUCGACACUUGACACUUAGCAUGUGAAGUGUUCAAGAUCUUGUACAAAUAUUAAUGAAAUACUGUGAAUUACAUCCUAAGAUAAGUGGUGGAGUACUUGAUCAGUUGUUUAAAAAUCACUUGUGUGUGCCUUGAAUUAUGGUAGGAUAAAAAAUGUUUUGUUAGCUGAUUAGUAGAUUGGGAGUUGAGCCACUCUUAGCGUUCACUUGAGCAUAGUACAACCCAUUUGCUUUAAGAGGUGUAAAAGUCAGGGAGCAGUGUGUAUUCUGUUCAGCUUGCUGCAAUAUGUAAUUGCACUUAGUGGUUCUUAAGACAAAUAUGUUCAGCCUUCAGGACUUUCUGUAGUAGCUGCUGUCAGUUUUGCAUGGAGGCGUUCCAACAGAAAGACUUGUAAGCAUACGGAGCUAAUCUUUGAUUUUACAGUAUCAGUUCUGUAUUUUCCACAAUGCAGCACUUCAAUAAUUUUUGAAAAGCGCAUCUUCCUUGAUGGUUUAAAACCUAAGGCAUACGAUAAACUAAACAAGUGUUACUUCGAGAUUCCUUACCUUACCUUACCUUCAUAAAUAGCACUAAGACCUUUGAGUAUGGUUAAAAUACUGCUGUUAAUCUCACUUACUGGAAAUGUUUAUGAAACAACUCCGAUAGCAAAGUCACUAAGUGAAACUGUAUGCAAGUUUUACAGGAGUAUUUCUGCAUUUGAAGUUAUUGUAUGCAUGUUUCAGGAAAAUACCCAAUUUUUCAGUCUCACGGUGGGCAUUUUUCUGUAUUUGAUCAGUUUUAUAUAUAGCGUGGUAGCUAUUGUAUUAAACACCCUCAAAAUCAUGUGUUGUUUUUGCAAGUGUUCUUUUGUUUACAAGAUACUGUACUAUAUAUGGUGGCAUUUAGAAGGUAAGGAUUAAGUUACUGCAUACUAUGUGGCAACAAAACCUUUGGUGCUAUUUGCUUUAAAUAAGCACUGAAGAAUUUAGGCUUUUCAGGAAGAGCAAGUGACAAGCUUCUGAUAUAAGUCAGCAGCGUAUCCGAGACUUUUGAUGCAUAACAAGGCAGUGCUGUGUGUUUUUUCCAGCACAGCGUUACUAAGUCGGUAUGUGACAGGAGCCUUGUUAUUGCAGGCUGGCUCAGCGUGCGGUUUUGUGUAUGGCUUUUUUGUGUUGGCGAGACAAGGCCUCAAGCCUGGGUCUUGUCCACAUUGUGAGCCACCAGCUUUUGUACAGAACAACUUUUCCCCCAAAGUGAGAUGUCGUGCUCCUGGGCCAGUGAACCCAGCGCAGGAGGGGCUGAGUUGGAAUUGCCUAUAUUCAAACUUCAGCUUGAAACCUUCUACGAAGGAACAUAGGUUAAAUCACUUGACAUCUGAUAGUUCUUCAGUGUCCUUCCUAAAAUUCCUCUCAAGGAUGGUGAGAAUUGAACCUAGCUGGGGAAAAAAACCAAGAGGCAUGUCAGCGAGGAGGGCCACAGGCUCUCCCAGGCACAUGAGGGAGGCAGUAAUGGUGCUGGUAGAGUUUUGCAUGCUUGCCUGGAAUAAACAAAUCCAUUCAGCAUUCUGCUAACUGCUGCAGGCUUAACUGGGAUCUUAUUUAACCCUUCAGCUACAAAUCUGGUGUGAUCAAGUUUUGUUUCUGUUAACAAGAUUGCAGCCUACUGUUAGUGUGAUAUUAAUGCUGCUUUUCCUUGGCUAGAGUAGCGAUAAUCAUAACAUUUUCAUGUCAAUAUACGGACUCAGUGUCUGCAUGCUAGGAAAGUUAGGGACUUAACUGACUAGCAGUAAUUCAGUAGAGAAAAGCGUGAUGGAAUUGUGGAUAAUUGUUUUGAGAGAGACUGAUUUUCCAUAUUUAAAUAUACAUUUAGAAAAAAUUACUGUGCUAAGGGAAUACUGAAUCUCUCAGAGGCCUCUCAUUUUUUUAAAACGCCUUAAUGAAAUUGUAGAAAUGUUCAUGGCUCAUAAAAGAAAAAUGUUACUUUAAAAAAGUUAAUACAUGAAGUUCAUGUUCGGUUGUGUUCAUGCUGUUAAUUGAAAGGCUGGGGAAGGAAAAAGGGAAACAGGACACAUGAUACACACUGCUGAUGAGCUGACUAAAUAUAAAGUCACAGCAGGGAAGUAAUCAAGCAGCUAGCUACAGACACUGCUGAUGUCAGGCAAAAAGUAUAUUUUGCCCUCUGACGCUUAAGUCUGUGCUUGCUCUGAGUUACUCAUGCGUGGUGUUCAUCAUUAAAUAAUGUUAUCCAUUAUUUGGUUUCAGCAAUAAAACCAGUAACGUAGAAGGCAAAGUAGUCACCAGUGCUGUUUUCUUCCAGAAGACAAGUACAGUUGGUGACAAGUACAUAUAGAUGGCUUGGUCUCUUCUACACUAGUCUUGCGUUGCAGACUGGUAGUGUUGGAAAUGUUAUGUAGCAUUCCUAAGCUUCAAAAAUGAGCAGGAGCAGCUGAGCACAGAGAACUGCAUUGUAUUCCAGGUGCUGAGAUUAUUAGGGAAAGUGCUCUUUACCCUUUAAGCUACAAAAGUGGCACUAAAUGAGUAGUCUGAAGCAGAAGGCAGCUUCUGAGUUUAAAAAAAGUGCCUUGUCAUCAAAGCCGAACUUAACUGUUGCUGUUGCAAUGAAAUUAGCCACCAGCUGUGUGGAAUGGUUUAAGUUUGUGUUUUGUGCUUGUUUCUUCUGAUGAGUUCUCAGUCUUUUUCAGUUGGUUAAAUGUCUUGUCUUUGACAGCAUUUAAAACCAGGAGCAAGUGCUAUCAGGUGCAUCUUAAAGGUAGACUUUCUCCCAGGUCCAGCCCAUUCAGCAGUGACCUUUGAUGGGUGUGCUUAUUCAGUGUUGUAAAGUCACUUUUAAGGCACUUAAUGUAAGGGUUGAUUUUUAUUCCUGCAACGCCAGAUGAAGAAACGCUAGGCUGGUGUUAGGCUACUUGUCUUGUGACGAACAGAAUUCUCAUCAGUGAGGGAGAGUUUCCUGCCUCUGCCCUCAGAAGUUGUGUUGGUUAGAAGACAAAUCAGCGAGUUGAGUGUAUUUUUGUAUUUCAUCUGUAUUUCUGAGUAAGGAAAGCUGGAAGUCCAGAUAAGCAACUCAGGUUUUUUUGUUUUACUGGAGUAAGAUAAAAAUAUGAGGUCAAUUUUCUUGGCGGAUAGAGAAGGAUGAUGGCGGGCAACAACCAGCUUUGCAUUCGACGUUGGACUACCAAGAACGUGGCCAAGUGGCUGAAAGAAGAAGGUUUCUGCGAAUACGUGGAUGUUUUGUGCAAUAGACACAGGCUAGAUGGAAUUACACUGCUGACACUUACUGAAUAUGAUUUACGAUCCCCUCCUUUGGAAAUCAAAGUCCUGGGGGAUAUCAAAAGGCUAAUGUUGUCCAUACGCAAGCUACAGAAGCAACACAUUGAUGUCCUGGAAGAGCUGGGUUACAACAGCGACAGUCAUGUUGGCACAGUGUGCCCAAGUGUUGGUUCACUACAGGGUACAGAUUGGUUUUGUAAUGGUGAGGUACCACGGGACUAUGAUGGGCCAAUUACUGACUUGAAUGGUGAUCAGUAUCAAUAUGCAAACGGAAAAAACAAACACUCUACCCGAAGACUGGACCCAGAGUAUUGGAAGACAGUUUUAAGUUGUGUGUAUGUCUUCAUAGUGUUUGGCUUUACGUCAUUCGUUAUGGUUAUAGUACAUGAGCGAGUACCUGACAUGCAAACAUAUCCACCUCUACCAGACAUAUUUCUGGAUAGCGUCCCUAGGAUACCAUGGGCUUUUGCUAUGACUGAAGUAUGUGGCGUAAUUCUUUGCUACAUUUGGCUGUUGGUUCUUCUGCUUCACAAACACAGAUCUAUACUUCUGCGAAGGCUGUGCAGCCUCAUGGGGACAGUAUUCUUAUUACGUUGUGUUACAAUGUUUGUUACCUCACUCUCUGUGCCAGGCCAGCACUUGCAGUGUACUGGAAAGCUGUAUGGCAGUGUUUGGGCAAAACUCCAGCGGGCAUUUGCAAUAUGGAGUGGCUUUGGAAUGACUCUGACUGGAGUACAUACGUGUGGAGAUUAUAUGUUCAGUGGCCACACUGUUGUCCUGACCAUGCUCAACUUCUUUGUCACAGAAUAUACGCCAAGGAGCUGGAACUUCUUGCAUACCUUAUCUUGGGUCCUGAAUCUCUUUGGAAUCUUCUUCAUUUUGGCUGCACAUGAACAUUAUUCUAUAGAUGUCUUCAUUGCCUUUUACAUCACUACAAGACUCUUUUUGUAUUACCAUACGUUGGCUAAUACUAGAGCAUAUCAACAGAGUAGGAGAGCAAGGAUCUGGUUUCCGAUGUUUUCUUUUUUUGAAUGCAAUGUUAACGGUACUGUUCCCAACGAGUAUUGCUGGCCCUUUUCAAAACCGACUAUACUGAAAAGAUUGAUUGGCUGAGGAGCGUGCGAGUCAGUUCAGGUUGUUAUGAAGCAUUAUGACUAAGAUCCUACAAGGCUAGCUGGCGGGGGAUAUAAAGUAACAUGUUUCACUCCAUGAUCUCCUCCUCCUUGUCUUGUUUCUUAGAUUCUUAGCCAUAAAGUGGGGUUCCCAUACUUCACAGGGAUGUGGUUUUGUUUUCUUGUUGCUAGAAUAGAAAACAAUGCAGGGACUGGUAAAGGCUGUCAGUGAACCGUGAAUAUGAAUCAGAAUACUCUUACCCUCAGUAAGGUUCUGUGUGAAUGUUUAAGUAACUUUAAUGUCAAAUAUGUGCUUGUACUGAAUAUAAUACACCCUUUACAGGUUGAAAUAAUCUCCGUUACCUGACAUGCCAGCCUUCACAUAUACUGACUAAAAAAUCAGAACUUUAUGAAGAUUUUCUUUUAAAACAGUCAAAUUUUCAAAACAAACUCUGUGUAUUCUUAAAGACUGAGGAGUACUGUGUCAUAAUGAGGAAAGCAGAGUAGUUUCUUGUUCUAAAAGGGUCUCUUAACUGUUAAAUAACAAGUCUUAAAGUAUAAUUGACAGUAUAAAUGGUCUGUAUACAGGUUGCCAAAAAUGAAAGUCUGCCUUGUGGCUAUGCAGUGACGAUGUGUUUUUUUAAUGAGAGCUUAUUUAGUCUAGUCUAUCAGUUGUCUGUAUGGUUGUUCUGACACUUGGAAGUUUUCCCUUUUGUGUUUAAAUAAAUGAGUUAAAGUAAAUGCUACGUCCACAGAAAGUCAAGUUAAUUUAGCUUUAGUGAGUUUAAAGCCACAGAAUAACUUUUGUGUGGUUUUAAUUGCUUUAUACCCAAACCUGUGCAUGCUUUUUAGGAGCAGCUCGUUAACAUUGGAAAAACAGAACAGUUAUCUUCAUAUAUCUUAUUGUCCCAUAAAUGGAUGGGGAAAAUGCAUGUAGUAACUCUUUCAGGACAAGUAAUAAUAGUGAGUAUUGGAAAUAGUGCUCAUAUUGAUGUAUGUUUUAGCACUCUGGUGUCAACAAUAUGGUGAAUAUCUUUGGAUAUAUAUACACACACAGUAUAUUUGUUUACAUAUAUAUAAAUACAGUAUAUGUUCUUCUAACAAGUAUGAAAAGAGGCUAGUUCUUUAAGUUGCUCAUUUACUACGCUGAAAGAUAAAAGUAAAAUAAGCAGUUGAGUUUUGGUCGUUUAAAAAAAAAAAAACCAA